GCUGCGUCUGUCUCUCGCGGAGAAGGCGUCCUCUCGCUGAGACUCGCGGCGAGUUUCAGGCAGGAAGUCGACAUACAUGUCUCAGCAGACCUUGAGGAGCAUUCUCGUGAGUAUUAUAUACACGCGUUAAAUUCAGCUUGCUCGGAUUUUCAAGAGCUGCAAGCCAACGCAUGCAAAUUCUUUUUUCUUCCAGCAGUGUGCUGUUGAUUCUUGUCAGUCCACGUCGGCUGCACUCUGGGCAGAAACUGUGAAGGGCGAAGACCGGAAACGCAGGACAGCUCCCCUUCUUGUCGCAGCUCUCGGUCACCUGGGCGAACGCGCAGAAUGUCCUCCCCAGAAAACGGAGGUUAGGAAAGCCUCUGAAGAAACUGCUUUGCUUCCUUUCCAAGGGACGUCCUUAACGGUUUCUUCCCUUCGCAGAGUCUGUGCAGGACGAGGCCUUUUCUCUCUGUUUGUGAGUUCCGUCUUGGUCUCAGCUCCGCAGCUCCUUUGUCUUGGAGGCGCUCUCUCUCGUUUCGUCUCUCUCGCGUCUUCACUCUAAAACUUUGUCUUUACGUAAGAUUUUAAAACGACUUUCUUUCGUAAUACUUAAUAGUGAAAAGACUUCUAUUACAGAUGCUAAAGUCUUAGUCGUUUGCUCUCUUCUUUGGCGAAAGAAAAUGGAGGAGUUUGGAGAGGCGGCAGGACGCGCCACACGCCUCAAGUUCGCCUCGCGACUUCCGCAGCUUUCUUCGAAGGAGGCUUUUCCUGACUUUCUCCGGUCCGUUGAGGAGGCCUGCUCACCCGUUUCCCCCUCGUAUCCAGCGCCUCUUUCUUUUCUCGCUUCCUCUUCUCCAUCCUGUUGCCCUCUCCUCGCGUCCGACGCGUCAGAGACCGUCCUUCGACCUGUCUCCUCCACGCGUCUCCCCACCUCUCUCUCCACCCCCCUACAUGACUCGGACUCCUCCUGUCUUUCUUCUUCUCGUCUCUCUUCUGCUUCUCGUCUCUCGUCUUCGCAUCUCGCUGCUUCUUCUGCUUCUCGUCUCUCGUCUUCGCAUCUCGCUGCUUCUUCUUCUUCUCGUCUCUCUUCUUCGCAUCUCGCUGCUUCUUCUGCGGCCCGGCCUCUUUUGUCCCCGCAAAAUUCGGCAGAACUUUCGGUGGAGAAUCAACUGGCGCCGUGCUCGCGGUCUUCUCGCGCUCUCCUCUCUCAGGCCUCUCGUCGCCAAUCCAGUCGCACGCAUCUCGGCUUCUCAGCUGCUCCUUGUUCCUCUUCCGCUGCCCUUCCUCGCGUUUGUGCCUCUUCGUCUUCCUGCUCCUCUUCCUCUUCUUCUCGCUGUUCUUCGACUUCUUUCGCUGCGCGAGACAUGGUCUGUCGCUGUCCGACGACGCAGCAGGGACUGAGAAAACAUGCGAAACGUCUCCAUUCUUUGUACGAGCGUCGGAAGCAGAAGUUGAGGAGUCUCGAGAUCAAAACUUUACAUCUUCUCGCUCGCGCAGACCGUCGCCGCGCCUGGAUGACCGCUGUCCAAACUCUCCAGCAAAUCCGAAGUCUGCGGGUCGCGAGAUCGGACGCUGUGCGCGCUGCACUCGAGGAGAAGACGCGUCGCGAGGCAGAGUUGCUGUCUUGUGAAAGAAGAUUGGAGGACAAGAGAACGGUUGUUUCUCAGGUUCAGAAGCAGAAGGCCUCUCUUCUGCAAGAAAGGAGGCGCUUACGGUGCAAACUGAGGACGGCCAGCGCCGCACAGGUUCUCCAGCUCGCGCAGGACGACCUGAGUGAAGAAGAAAGGAGAAUCGAGGCCGAAGAAUCGACUCUGGAGGGACUCCGAAGGCGGCUGUAUGGAGCUCAGCAGGACCUCCGUCUGCAUGCGGAGAUGAAGCAUCAUGCUGAGAUUGAAGACAGAGAGAAACAUGCGAGAGACACGGAAACGGAACGGUCGGGGCCAGGCGCCGCGGCUAGCGCAAAUCCAACCUCUCCACUGCGACAGGAAAUGUCGGAGAAACGCAGAGAGCUGCGGGCCUGCGAAGCGGAGAUUCUCAGGAAAAAAGAGCGGCUGUCGCGACUCUCUAUGGAGAUCGAAGAAAUCCUCGAAAGGUCGUCGCUGCGCGCUCGGCCGUCUCCGAGUUCCGCUUCCUCCCUUUCGGUUCUUUCCUCCUCGUCGUCCUUCCUCGCCGACGAUUCGAAAACGCUCUUCUCCUCUGCUCCCUCUUCUCCCCUCGCAGACACCGCAGAGAAAAAGCGCGUCCUGCGCGACGCGCUGGACAGACGCUGUGUGCCGGGCGAGAAGACUCGAGACAAACUUUCAAGCAGCCGGAGUCAGAGCAGAGGCGAACACAGACGGAGCAGCAGACGAACAGAGGCUCAGAAGACUCCGAGUUCCUUCCUGGGCCGGCGGCUCGCAGAAGAAGACGAGUUGUUUGCCUUGGAAGCAGAAGUGACUGCGUGCAACCAGGACCUCCCCGUCCUUGAGGAACUUCUUCAGGAGCGCCUUGCGCAAGCGACGCUGCUGGCAGGCGGAGAAGAACGGCUGCGUCCGUACGCAUCUGUCACUGCGCGAAAUGUCUCCAGAGCGCGUUCGGCCGCCUCUUUCGCGGAGGCUGUGGACGAGCAGGAAACAGAGGCGCAAGUGACGAACAGAAACACAUCGGAAAGCAGAAGAGAAACACAAGAAAGAAAAAGAGAAGCAGAGGAAGGAAGAAGAAAAGUAGAAGAGAAAGGGGAUGAAGAUGGUGACAUCUCCGCGUUGUUUGAGCCGCGGAAAGGCGAUCUGGCGUAUGUACAGCUCAACGCGGCUAUUCCCGGGUGUACGUACACCCCAGGAGUGUCGCCUGAGGCAGAGAAGCAGAGAGAGAGGAGAGCUGGGCGCUCCGCAUGGUUUCUCGUUUCCACUUCGCUUCCCUCUUCUCCGACUGCUGCUGACUCUGAAGAGCUCAGGGGAAGGAAAGAUACUUUCCGGAAAGAAGACUGCGCAACGCAUGAGGCGCUGUCGGCUGUACGCAUGCCCCAAGGAGGGAACCUGGAGUUGGCGACUUGUCCGUUGUCGCCACUUGAAACGGCGCAGAAAGCCUCGCAUCCACGCGGGUCUGCUCUCCGGUCAAUAGUGAGUGCAUCUGUGCUGGAGACUUCGACGCCGGCCUCCGAGUCUGCGGCGAGCAUUCACUGCAGCUUUCCCUCAAGCAGCGCGGCGUCUUCUCUUGUUCUCCGAUCGCGACUCUCCUCUCGCGGAUCUGAUUCCACGCAGGAGGAACGGUUUUCCUGUGCACUGUCCGAGUCGCAGUUGCCUUCUCGUCCAGAUAGCCGCGACGCCUCCUUGGCCGCGGCCUCCUCGCUGUCUCCUCCUGUCGCCUUGCCCUCUUCUUCAUCUGUCGCCUGGCAACAGACAGUCGCUCCCGCAGGUCGGGAGGACGAGCGCAGCCUCUCGAACAUUUCGUCUCUGUCGAUGGAGACGCCGCAAACGAAGGGAGACGCCCGCGCGCGUCUUGACUGCGCCAAGGAAGCAGCCAGCGAACCACAGGCAGGAAGCGCAACGCCGGAUCGCAGUCCAGUCUCUCCGACGAAAGUCACCGAGGCCGAGAGGUCGCGUCGAGGGAGAACUAAGGCAGCGUGGGCGACCGUGAACGAGGGGAAUGGACUUUGUUUUUGCGCCGAUCUCGGAAAUGCAUCGCUUCUCUGGGAAGACAUGAGAGCUCCAGAACAGCGAGGAACGCGAGCAGAGGCAGCCGAAGAGACGCCGUGGAACGCUCUGCUUGCUUGGGCAUCUUCUCAGACAGUUCGCGCCUCUCGCGACAGCCUCGGAGAGAAGGGAACGCCGGGAGUGAACCCCACAGCUUGUUUCCAAGAUUCGAACUUUCCUCUGCCUCUCGGCCGACCUUCGCCUGGCUCGUCUGCGAGUUCGGUGGUCUCUCACUCUCCAGCAAGUCGGAUCUCUCCUUCUGGAUGCGCAGCUGCCGUCAGCUGCGCCUCUCUCGGACUGGAGGCGGUGGGGCGUCCUGGCGCAGAAGGCGGGAGGCCGGCGAGAGAGACGCGUGAGACGAGCGAGGAGACAGAGACACAUCUCGAGGAAGACCAGCAGAGACAGAGACAGGUCGCAGGCACAGCGUUCGAGAUGAGCGACGCAAACUUAGUUAAGAAUCUCGCGAAACUUCUCGCGCUCUUGGAAGCUCUCCCCGACGUCGAACCUCGGACGCCCGAGAAGGCGACAGAGCGAGAAGGGGGGAGGUCGCAAGUUCUCAAGAGCGGCCAGACGCAGCGCGGCCUGGCGCUGGAGAGACGGAGAAGAGUCACACUGGCGGUGGAGAGGAAACUGAGAGAGAAAAGUCCUGGAGAUCCAGCGGAAAAGAAAGAAACAUGUCGUCAGGAGAGCCGGGAGGCGAGUUCGCGGCCGUCCACGGCUCUCCGGCCUCACCUCCCGUUUUGCUAUUCUUCCUCUUCUUCCUUUCCUUCUUCCUCGAAGCUGAGAUGCGCGGAGCAGGGAGACACAGGAAAUCGGAAAGUAGCAGAGGGAAUCUAUGCUCGGAGAGGAAGCGCUUCUGCCGCCUUCUGUGAAACAAACGAGGCAGGAAGAGAAAACGGAGGUGAUGAGAACCAGCGACGCAACGAAAAACGAGGAAGGCGACCUUUGCCCAAAGUAACGCAAAGAGACAAACACGCAGAGCAGAAAACGAGAAACAAAGAAGCGAGAUACACAAAGCAAGAACAAGCAGGUAGAGCGAAAGAAGAAGAAGGACCAACAAGCGACGCGCCUGAAGGCAGAGCGAGCGAGGAAGAAGGACCAACAAGCGACGCGCCUGAAGGCAGAGCGAGCGAGGAAGAAGGACCAACAAGCGACGCGGCUGAAGGCAGAGCGAGCGAGGAAGAAGGACCAACAAGGGAAGCGCCUGAAGGCAGAGCGAGCGAGGAAGAAGGACCAACAAGCGACGCGCCUGAAGGCAGAGCGAGCGAGGAAGAAGGACCAACAAGGGAAGCGCCUGAAGGCAGAGCGAGCGAGGAAGAAGGACCAACAAGCGACGCGCCUGAAGGCAGAGCGAGCGAGGAAGAAGGACCAACAAGCGACGCGCCUGAAGGCAGAGCGAGCGAGGAAGAAGGACCAACAAGCGACGCGCCUGAAGGCAGAGCGAGCGAGGAAGAAGGACCAACAAGCGACGCGCCUGAAGGCAGAGCGAGCGAAGAAGAAGGACCGACAAGGGAAGAACAAAGCGUUGGAGACUACCAUGAGGAAAUGAAGAGGGAAGAGAGAGAGACACAGGAGAGAGAAGAUGCCGAAGAGAUACGGGAGAGAGGAGAAGCAAGGUGGACAACAGAGAAAGAGGAGACGUCAAUGGAGACAGGACCUGAAGAGGAAGAAAUCCAAAUCUGUGUGGAGAGGAAGCUGGAGGAGGCUCAACCGAGAACGUGGACGCAGGUCCUUCAGAGACGCGGCAGAGAAGGCGCCUGCACGCGAGGAGAGGAGAGAGACGAGAAGAGACAAACUGAGGAGUCCGUAGAAGCGGGAAGGUGCGACGCAGAGGGGGAUCUGGAAAAGAGAGAAGGAAGCAGAGAAGCAAAUGACAAGACACAAAGAGAAGAGGGGGAGAGACGAGAAGGGCAAAAAGGAGAGCAAAUUAAACGCGAACAGAGAGAAGAAGGAAGAGCGUCAGAACAGAGGGAACCGGGAGUAGGUAGUGAGGAAGGCGAGGAAAGAGGAGAAGAGCCAACGGAUGGCGGAGAGGAAAUACACCCGGAGAGAGAGGACGCGCGAAAGGUGCAUGCUGCAUCCGAUAGAGACGGAGAGGGGGCGCGGGGAAGAGAAGAAAAUGGAGAACAGAUGUCUGUGGCAGAGGGAGUUGAGGCGCAUGCAGAGCGUGCAGUGGCUGAGACAAAGGCCGUGAGAGAAUAUUUAUCUGGAGGUGCCGUCGACGCCUCCACAUUCUCUCUAGCCGAUCUCGUGGAGCGCGUCAACGUCGCCGCCCCUGUGGCUUUCAAUGCGCAAGGAACAUCUCUUUUGCCCGUUCAGAAGGGAAACGAGACUUCCACCCUGAGUUCCUCUUCUCCGUCUUGUUCUGUCUCUCCUUCCCCUCAUUCUCCUUCUUCCUUUUUUUCGUCUCGGUCUUCGCGGAGUGAGCGCGAGCAUGGCUGGUCGCCUUCUCUCUUCGUGGCGAGUUCGCCUCUCUCCUUCCUCCCUUCUUCUCCGUCUUCUCGUUCGUCUUCCCCCUGUCCUCCUCGCUCGCCUGUCGCCGAUCUUCUUCGAGCUCAACCUCUGGCGAGCUUCUCUCGCUCUGAGCACUUAGCCGCAUCCACUCCACCCCACUCUGUUUUGCCUUCCCUCCAUGCGGUUCCUUCUUCGCCUGAGUCCCCUUCUUUUGCUGUCUCUUCUUCUCCCCCCUCUGCUCUCCCUGCCUGGUCUUCUCCCCCUGCUUCUCCCCGUCUCUCGUCUCUCUCCGCUUGUGCUUCUUCUCCCUCUUCUUCGCCUUCUUUCUCCUCGUCUUCUCUUCCGUCUACUCUUCGUUUGUCUCCUCUCAGCGCGGAAGCUUCACCGACAGAGCGAGGCGGCUGUCGCUGCCCUCUUGGAGAUGAGUCUGUUCUCUCUUUCCGUGUGCUAGAAGAAGACGACGGCGAAAACGAGGGCCGCAGUCAUAGCGGCGGUGCGAGGAAAGGUCGAGAAAGCGAAGAAGAGAAGACGCUGAAAGAAUAAACGAAGCGUCACGAGUCUGCGAAAGUCAGAGACGCGGAAGAGUGCGAAGAGGAACAACAAACAAGACACUUGGAAGGGGAGAAAAUUACAGAGCGAGAAGAGAGAUAGAAAACGAGUCGAGAGGAAAAAGAGAAAGCAAGGUGGGGUGGCAAUGUAGCAGCGGUUGAUCUAUAAAAGGCGAGAGUCUCCUUGUUGUUGCUUCUUUUCUUCUCGUCCGGUGAACGUCCUCUCUGGAGAGUGGCCAGGCCUUCUUUGUAUUUUUCUGGAUUUUCUCUGCUGCCUCUCGCGCGUCUCUCGUCGAUUGGCCCUCAAACGCUUGACCUUCCUCAACUCAUGAAUGCGGACAAAUAAAUCUGCAUUUGUCAGUGCAUACCCACGCAAAAAUAUAUCUGUACAUCUUAAUAUAUGUGUGUACCAUAUAUAUAUAUAUAUAUAUAUAUACAUCUAUGCGCACAUACGCAUAUACACGUUUAUGUUGGAUAUAUAAUUAAUAUGGGGACAAGGGAAAAGAGUCUUUUUUCCGGUGAAAAUGAACUUCGUCCAUCUCCGAUUGUCGACUUGGCGCGUCGUGCGAGUGGUGAGCUAAGUGUUUUUGCGUGUACAGACACGCGCGUAUUUCAGAGGGAAGAAUCUCGGUGUUCUCUUGAAUCGCCAGCAGAAUGAACAUUAUUUUCUGGAAGAAAAAAUCCGAAUUCUCCAAC